AUGGGGACUGUACCUGAUCCUGUGGGAUCUGCCAAAACAUCACCCACAUCUGCAGAAGAUGAAAGUCUUUCCUUGGCUAUGUCUCACCAAGUUAAAGAUGCAUCACCCAGCAGUAAUGGAAAUGCCACACAAAUAUCAAAUGUCUGUUUAUCUAAUCAAAACUGCAAUUCAUCUGUAAAAGGAUCUGAUAACGAAAGUAUAUGCGAAAUUACAGCACACGAAGCCAACAAGACUUCAUCUUCAUUUCGGACUUGUAGUCAAUCAGAACCCUUGCCACCUUCGGGGGCAGAUAAUGUAAUGGAGCAAGAGACAAAAUCCAUCAAAGAUCCUAUCCAUAAUGCUUCUCCUAAUGACAACACACUACUAUCAACCACACCCGUAAAAACAAGCGAUGUAACCCACUCGACAUUGCAAAGAGAUGAACCAGCAGCAGAGGACAGUAGCAUACCAAAAGACAGAACUGUGUUAGAAGAAGUUGUUAAAGCACAGCUUACAGUGGAGACCAGUACAACUACAACACAGCUAUGUGAAAUGUCACCAAAUAUUGAGACUGGAAGCCUAGAGGAUGUAAAGAAUGGGCAUAUGCCUCUAACUAGUGAAGAAACAAAGACAGCAGACACUCAGGAAGGAAACGUUUCAGCUGUAGCACAAGAAGAAGAGGUAAAACAUUUCCAGACUGUCCUGUCAUCUGACCAGUGUUUACAUGUUAGCAUAUUGGAAGAUGAUUUGAACACAAAUGGAGAUCAUGAAGCACUAGAUUUGCAAUUAGUAUGCAAGUUCAGGGAAAUGGGAACUAUGACAUCACAGGUAGAAAUUUUAGCUACACAAGAUGCUGAAGUACAAGCUGUAGCAAACGUACAGAAUAAAUCUGUUUCCACUAGUCCUAGCAUUUUAGCUGCAUUUUUGAAGGCCAAUUCUCCUGUACUAAAGGAAAGACAAGAGCAAGUAUGUAUUAUUUAUCAAGGUAACCCUGGAAACCAUCAGAUUGACCGUGCUAACUUUGCACUGCAUUCACAGCUCUCUCAAAACCACUUAGCUCCAAAAGUAUGUUUUCAGCCACCAGAUGCAAUGGGCUCGCAGCCUAUGCAAUUGCACACUAAAAGUCCUCCAGAUAUGGUACGGUCUUCUUUUCAGCAUCAAGAUCUAGCAAGAAACUCACAGGUUUUAUAUAGAAAUGAGUUAGAUGGACAAGGGCUGUGUCAUCCAAUGUCACAAAUGCAAAUGUCUAAUGCUUCUCCAAUUUUAAUGAAUGUUAAACCUGUUUACCAAAUCAAUAUAGAGAACAGUACUCAACCUAAAACUGGCCAUAGAACAAAAGAUUUGUUUGGUGAGCAAGCUCAAUUUAGAGCAGCCCAUGAAUUGGGCAGUAAAGCCAGACUUCACCAUUUAAGUGGAAUAGAAAAUAUCCAGCUUCAUAAUAUCCGUCAAGAAAGUGACCAGACAGACACACUUACUGUUCCUGGUGAAGGUGGCUCAGAUCGGAAACCCUUUCAUUUUAAAAUAACAAAUGAACAGGGUUCCACCCAAGCUAUCAUCACCACUGAUAUCAAAAAGCCAAAGAAGGAGGAGAGGCCAACCCCACUUCAUGUUGAAGUUCAGGUUAACAGCAGUAUUGGGGCUACUGGAGGUCAGGUGGAAGAAGUACUUGAAGUCCUCGUUAGGAAGGAUCAGGAUGAAGGUGAGCAUGCCAAAAGGUCAAGCAGUAUAAGCUUGCAAACCAGACCUGCAUCAGAUUAUAACCAGGGUGCAGUUCAGCUCACUCCACGUUUAAGAAAAGCUAGGGAAGAUAAAAAGGAACCAAUUUUGGUCACUCUACCUACCUCUGAACCAGCUAAACCACACGGAAAAAAAUCAAGUCCAAGUUCAAGCGCAGAAGGAAAAACCCAAGCAAAGCAGCAAACUAAAAGUGUGAAGGAUGUAGUCUGGGAUGAACAAGGCAUGACAUGGGAAGUAUAUGGGGCUGCUAUGGACCCGGAAGCUUUGGGCAUUGCCAUACAGAAUCAUUUACAGAGACAAAUCAGAGAACAUGAGAAAAUGAUUAGGGCUCAGUUAAAGCAAAACCGUAAAUCAAUUUGUUCAGAUUCAUCAGGGAAAAAGCGCAAAAGAAGACAGCACAGAGUAUUUCAAUCUAUUCUUAAGAAUUUCAGACGACCUAACUGCUGUAGUCAACCUCCUCCAUCAUCUGUGUUAGAGUGA